AUAAUCCAACAUGUUUUAAUGUUUCUGACACUGAGCUCAUGUCACUGCAGAAAACCUGACAAAUAAACUGGAUCAAUUUCAUUGUAAUGUAAUCUGAUUACUUUACUCAUUAACUGAUUUAAUCAAUAAAAGGUCACAAAGAUUCAGUUUUAGAAUUUAAAAAAAAAAUAUUUUUAAUUGAUGAAUCAGUUUUCAAACAGUCGAUCAGUUUUCAUCUGAUUCAAUAAAUCAACUUACAGACUGAAACAGACGAGUCAUUAUUUAAUGGAGUCUGUUUCCAAGGUGACGUGUUGUUGUUAAUUACAGCUAAAUGUCACAGACAAAAUCAAAAUGUUAAAAUAUUAUCAAUAAUGUAACAGGAACAGAUUUCAUCUGUUUAUUCAGCUGUUAACUGAAUUAUUAUUUGUUGUGAUGUUCUGUGUCAGUGCUGAUAGUUUAUACUGAUGAAGCUUUACUCUCACACACAUCACUAAACAUGUGAAAUGCUGAAUCACACUGAUCCUGAAUUAUUUAUAACAACAACAGAUUUAUAGAAUCAGUAUUUAAAUUAAUAAGUUUCCUCUGAUCUUUAAAUCUUCCUGUGUUGGAUCAAUAAAGUUCAUCUGAGCUGAAGUUAAUGACACUCAGCUCUUUGUUUGUAUUUCAGGAUGUAUGAACUGUGUUUUUGUGUUUUGUUUUGUUUUAACUUCCAGAAGUUGUUGAGAUGUGACAUCAUCCUGUAGCCAGCAGCCAAUCAGCAGCAGAGUCUGAGUCAGGUGACGGUGAGUCAGCGGCUCUGUGAAGUGACUCAGAGUCACAAGAUGAAGUUCAGGCGUCCUCCCUGCGAACACAGGCUCUCUGUUACUGUUACUGCAGCUGAUCCUUUAAUAUCAGACGGCUUCAUUCAAUCAGGUGACUCGUUGUGACACAUCGACCUCACUGAACAGAAGCUUCUGGAAACAAAACAGGAGGCGUGUGCUUCAUGGAGACUCAGAAACAGGAAGUAGAAAACGAGCUGGUGAUUCGACCUUUGACCCCGGAGAGAAGACAUCAGGCUUCCCAUGAUGUCCCUGUCGUCAUGGAGAUGCUGAGCUCCACCCAGAGAGAUCUGGACGGAGGUUUGAUCCAAUCUGAUCUGAUACAGACCACCAGACUGAGCAUGCUCAGGGAGCUCCUGCAGGGAGACACCUCACAGGAACAGGAAGUCUCUGAUGUCCAACGACAACAUUACAGAACAACGAUAUCAGCUCCACUUCCUGUCUGGAGGUCACCGUUACAGGUGGAACAGGUGGAACAGGAAAAAGAGGUACAACAGGUGACAGGUGACGAGAUGCAGACGGAGCUGACCUCAGAUCUCAAAUCUGACAUCAUCAGCCUCACUCCAUCAGUGUCCUACCCUGGACUUCCUGCCCGACUCUUCCUGAAGAUGAGAGACGCCUGCUCCGCCCCCUCCUCUCCUCACCCCAGGGGGAGGAGGAGGCUCCCCUGCUCCCUGCCCUGCUCCCCUCUGCUGGGGGGGAGACGCUGGAGGUCCUCUGACUCCGCCCCCUCUCUGCCCUCGCCUCUGUCCCGUCUCUGGGUGGAAGCUGCUCUGCAGAGAAGCAGAAACAUCCGCCCCCCUCCCCCACCCUCCCCACAGGUGGGACAGGAGGGGCAGGUAGAGGGGGGGACAGAGGAGGAAAGUGAGGAGGAGGAGGAGGAGGAGGAGGAAGAUAACCAGGUGAUCGUUGUUGGGAUCAGGAUGUCGGACACCGACUCAGAGACGUGGAGGUACUGUCUGCUGAGCCCCUGCGUCUGCUCCAGGUGUCCGAGCGCUCCUCCGUACGAAGGUCAGGUUUUCUCACCUGGAAACAGUCGAACAGAUCCUUCACUCAGGUCUGAGGAUCAGACUCAGCUGUGUCAGAGGACGGACACCCUGAGGACAGACACCCAGAGGACGGAGACCCAGAGGACAGACACCCAGAGGACGGAGACCCAGAGGACGGAGACCCAGAGGACAGACACCCAGAGGACAGACACCCAGAGGACGGACACCCAGAGGACAGACACCAAGAGGACGGAGACCCAGAGGACAAACACCCAGAGGACAGACACCAAGAGGACGGAGACCCAGAGGACAAACACCCAGAGGACAGACACCCAGAGGACGGAGACCCAGAGGACAAACACCCAGAGGACGGACACCCAGAGGACAGACACCAAGAGGACGGAGACCCAGAGGACAAACACCCAGAGGACAGACAUCCAGAGUGUCCCUGCAGACAGAGCUCCACAGCAGGGUGAAAGCUCCCGUCUGUACCCCAGUCUGAGUCAGUGGAGGAUCACAGCUGACGCUCAGACUGAACUGAACAGGAAACAGGAAGUAAACUGCUUCAACUGCCAGCUGGACACCAACACUGCCCAGUCCUGUUUCCAUGGCAACACUGAUGAUCAUCUGCAGCGUGUCUGUGAGACGACCUCAGGUUCACCAGGUGACGUCUGGACUUUCUGUUCUGAUGAUCUGAACUUCUUCCUGAGGAAAGUGUUUGAUUCCACCACCUGCAGCAGGACGACAGUUCGUUAUGUUGAAUCCUGCAGCUUCUGUUCAGACACACUGAGCGACCGAGUCACCAAACAUCUCUGCAACAACUGUCACCAGGUGUUCUGUGGACGCUGUCUGUCUCACUUUGUCUCGUUACUUCAGAUCCAUCAGUUCAGUCAAACUGUUGCAGUCUGAAGACGACCGACCGACAGGUUACCUGUCUGUCAUACAGGUGUUCCACCUGUCACAGAAACACCUGUGCUGUUGGUAAUAAAAACCUGAUUAAACUUUCUGAUCAGUGACUCGUGUAAAUCAUGACAUCAUAAUGAGAGAAUUUAUGGACCUGGGUCACCUGUCACUGCCCCCUGCUGGUCACCUGUCACAUCACAUCGCACCUGUGUCCUGUUUGAUAGUUUGUGUUUGAACACAUCACUGAGCUCGUCUACACUUUAUUUC